GAAGUGUUCUUGGUAGGACUUGCAGUUGAGAAAAAAUUCAGUUGUGCAAUGAUCAUGUGUUUCAACUCUGCGCAUGCUUUAGAGCAAAAUAGAGUUUCUUGGAACAACCAGUUGGAGUACUUUUCCCUUUAUUAUAUCUCAUGUUUAGCAAAGUAAUGUUUGAAUAUAGGAAUACUGAAGGGGCCAACUUUCUUCCGGUUGAAACAAGUCUGUCAUGUCCGUCCACAAAAGAAAGGAACUGUUCUUUGAAUUUGAAUCGUAUUUAUUUUAUUCUUUCAAGAGAAUAUGAUGGGGCCUUUCCGAGUUGUUAUUAGGUCAUUUCUCUUUUGUUAUGGCUCGUCUGUUCUGUAUGUGAUAUUAUCUCUUAUACAGCCUAGGAAGGCUGGAUGCUUGAAUGAUAAUUUAUGGAUUCUAUUGAAUGAGAAACUCACAAAAGUACCUGAUCUAAGAUUUCAAAAUGUCAAUAAUAGGACUUUGGUCCGACAGUUUUCUUGAUUCUUUUCAUCAUUUUGAUGUGGGUUUCUUCACUUUAAGACAACAUUUCAGCUGACUAGUAUGUUGCCGUUGGUAUAUGCAAGCACACUGGUCAGCAAGGAAUGGGGGAGACAUUUCGUUUUCGGCUCAUUUCCACAAGUUCUUAUGUAGAUGAUGGACCAGUGGUUUCAAAGGGGAGUCAAGUUGGAAAAGAAGUUGAAUUUCUUGCGAAUAGAUUUUUCGUUCAAUAUCUAAAAGGACAAACAUCGUCGGCAAAUGAAAAAGAGCCCUCAAAGGAAACUGGUAUACCACAGCUUAAAGUUGUAGUGACAAACUAAAGACCAUCAUAUGGUAUUAAGAAUUUUCAGAUUUGGGAGAUAGACAUGCAGUAAAAGAAUGUCCAUAUGAUGGUGGAUACAAAAUACAGAAGCAUCAUCUAACUCUUAUGUUGAAUCCACGUGUAUAUGAGAAGAUCCUGCUAGCUAAAGAAAGAAAACUCUUCGAUACAAGUUCCACAUUUUCGUGUUUUCCUCGUGGUCCAAGGUCGAAAGCAAAAGCCCGCAACCAAAUGACGUCUCGUCAUAUGGCUGGGUUUUCCCUGGGAGUCUCCAAGGAAUGUCAAUGUCCUACAAGCUCAACAACGUGCCGACCUGCACGUCGGAGGGGCCGCAAGAGAAAAACUAAGCCAAAAAAUGAGCUGAGUGAUUCUGAAGUCACUGUUCCCCUACGUAUUCAUUUUCGUGGGCAAGCAAGGAGAGGCCAAUACGGCAGUAAUACAACAACCGACGAACGAGGAAAGUUAGACUCUGCAACAUUUCUUCACUACUUCAUGCAUAUUUGGAGUGCUUUUCCAGAAGAGAAGGUGAAAUCAGUUGCAUACUUCGACCCUUUAUGGUUUGACUUAUAUGCAAAUGAAAACAAUAGAGUGAUGGUUCUGAAUUGGAUCAAAGAGAAGAACAUAUUUUCAAAGAAAUACGUUCUGGUUCCUAUAGUUAUGUGGUCUCAUUGGAGCCUCUUGAUCUUUUGUCACUUGGGAGAAAGUCGACAUUCGAGAACUGCUACUCCUUGCAUGCUGUUGCUUGAUUCAUUACAUGCAAUAGGUCCCACACGGCUUGAACCCUUGAUAAGAAGGCUUCUCUUUGACAUAUUUGUAUCGGAGGAGAAGCUGGAGAGUAAAGAACAGCUUAAAAAAAUACCUCUCUUGAUUCCAAAGGUUCCGCAGCAGAGAAAAGGUGAGGAAUGCGGAUUUUAUGUUCUGUACUACAUAAACCUAUUCUUGGAAAGUGCUCCUCAAAAUUUCGACAUUUCUGAGGGCUACCCGUACUUUUUUCCACUGUAUUUGCAGAUGAAAAAGGACUGGUUCACCGCUGAAGGAGUAGAGUCCUUCUGCAAAAGGCUCGACUCUUUUCCUGUUGUUUCAAGUGAUCAUGACGAUUCUGCUUCCGUGGAUUCUAGCAAUUCUGUUGAACUGAUCGAGACUGUCGGCAGCUAGGUUCAACUCCCAGCACACUCCCUCUCUCUCUCUCUCUAUGUAUGACUUGUUUGAACAUCGUAGUCUCAGUUCCUUUUGAGAUAACAAGGAAAAAGAAGCUAAUAGUAAUUGUACUUA